AUGUCUAGCAUCGUGGAGAAAGUUUCUGACGCCGUCACCGACGUUACUGCCGCUCUUGGCAACACAUCCAUCUCUGACAAGCCCGCCGAGACCACCACUGGUGAGAAGGCUGCCAACACUACUACCGACAAGGAAGCUGUUUUGGCCAGUGCUGCAGAGGGAAGAAGACUUUACAUCGGUAACCUCGCAUACGCGACCACCGAGGGGGAGUUGCAAGCCUUUUUCAAGGGAUACUUAAUUGAAUCCACCUCUAUCCCAAAGAACCCACGUACCGAGCGUCCAGUCGGAUAUGCUUUCGUCGACCUUUCAACCCCAACUGAGGCCGAGCGUGCUAUCUCUGAGCUCUCUGGAAAGGAGAUCUUGGAUCGCAAGGUUUCUGUUCAACUUGCUCGCAAGCCAGAGACAAACGACAAGACUGAGACUGCUGCAAGCGGAGGAGAGGGUCAAUCUGGCGGUGAGGGUGGACGCCGCAGACAAUCUGGCCGUGGACGUGGACGUGCCCGUGGACGUGGAGGACGCCGCAACAACGCUUCCCGCACUGAGGAUGGCGCUACCGAGGCACCUGCUACCACUGAGGUUCUUCCUUUGACCGAAACUACCAACCAAGCCACUACUGAGUCCAAGGAGGCUAAGCCACAAACUACUCGCCCACCCCGUGAGCGUCGCGAGCGUGGUCCACCAGCUGAUGGAAUUCCAUCCAAGAACAAGGUCAUGGUUGCUAACCUUCCAUACGAUCUCCACGAGGAUAAGCUCAAGGAACUCUUUGCCGUCUAUGAGCCAACUUCUGCCAAGAUCGCCCUUCGCCCAAUCCCCCGUUUCAUGGUUAAGAAGCUCCAAGCCCGAGGUGAACCCCGCAAGGGUCGUGGCUUCGGCUUCGUUACUCUAUCUAGCGAGGAACAACAACAAAAGGCCGUUGCUGAGAUGAACGGAAAGGAAAUCGAAGGACGUGAGAUCGCCGUCAAGGUCGCUAUCGACAGCCCAGACAAGACCGAUGAUGAUGUCAACGCUGGCUCUGCUGAUGCCAGCGCCGAGACUGCCGCUGCCCCACCAGCCGGUGCUGAAACCGUUUCUGCUUAA